CGAGCAAACAGGAAGUCGUGACGUCACCUGGCGGGAGUUUGCGAGCCAACAGGAAACAUGGACACGCGUGUUGUGGAGCACAAUAAUGCCUGGGAGAAGACCAAGGAGGCAGUUGGCAACUUUCGACGACUGCUUCUUUGUUCAAAAUGCUCGCACUUGCUGAAGGAACCUGUUUGUCUCGGAACUUGUGAGCAUGUCCUGUGCAGGUCUUGUGCAGGCCCACAGGCAGGGGAUGGCUGUGUGGUUUGUCAGAGCCCCGCCUGGGUAAAGGACAUCCACAUCAACCGGCAGCUCAGCAGUAUCAUACAGCGCUUCAGUGGCUUGGAGUCCAUGUUCCACCCCGGCCAACAGGCAGAGUCCCCUGAGGCUGCCGUACGGCCUCACAACGAGGGCACCGUCUUAAAACACAAGAAGAACUUCAAGAUCUGGUUCAGUCCUCGCAGCCGUAAAGUCCGUUGCAUGGUGAAGAAAAGUCCAGAAGACGCCACACCUGCCAGCGAGUCCUCAGAAGAAACAUCUGUGGCUCAGCCAGAUGCUGAAGUCGCUCCAUUGAACAACCUGACAGUUUUCAACUUCCCUUCAUCUUCCCAAGACUCUGGCUCCUUGUCUCCUAAAUCCAAGACAAUCAAGAAGAAAAAGAAGAAGAACAUUUCCCGCAGUCAGGCAAGAAUAGAAAGAGUUAGACGGAAGGAGAGGAUGAAGAAGAACAAGCUGGAUGCCAUAAACAAGCAGUGGGGCAUCACAGAGGAUGAAAAUGCCUUCAUGGAAUCAGAGAUGACUGCUGCAGAAGUGGAAGGGCGCUCCAACAAACGGGUUUCCUUCGUCAGCCCUGACUCUGGCACCAGCACCAUAAAAGAAGGAAUCAUCGACAAGCUCUGUCAGAAUGAAGCAGACAACUUUUGUGAAGCACUGCCUGCCUCCGAGUCCUUCCCAAAAGACAGUCCCAGGAAAUCGCCCACAGUGUCUUCUCCCAAGCAUUCCUCCAAACGCCCCAAACUGGAGGGCGAGGCUGUUCCCCUGCAGACCACACCCAAAAGGCCAAGUGUCUCGCCCGGCCGCUGCAGAAGGUCAUCGUCUCCACUUGCCCGCAAAUCUCCUUCGCCCAGCCGGAGGUGCAGGAAGACAUGCCAAGAGGAUCAAGGACAGAGCCCCCUUCUCCCAAGCAAAAAAUCUCCCUCUUCCCGUGCACUCCUGGGACGCACUACCUCGGGCAGCCCAGCAGUCAUGAAGAAGAAGAACCACAAAGGAGAGACCCCGCUACAUCUGGCCGCUAUUAAGGGGGAUGUAGAGGCUGUCCAAAAACUAUUGGAGCAGGGAGCUGACCCCAACCUGAAGGACAAUGCUGGAUGGACACCUCUGCACGAAGCCUGUAACCUGGGUCAUGUGGCGGUGGUGCAGGUGCUGCUUUCCAGCGGCGCACUCGUCAACACUCCCGGCUAUGAAAAUGACUCUCCACUCCACGACGCCGUGCGCAAUGGUCAUAUGGCCGUGGUCAAAGUGCUGCUGCAGUCAGGAGCCUCACAGAAUGUGCUUAAUCUUCAUGGCAAGAGACCUGCAGACUGUGCUGUGACUCAGGAGAUGCUGGACAUCCUCCAGGAAGCAUCCAAGGAGGCCACCAGAGCUAACACAAGUGGAAACAGCCCAGCCAGUCUUCCUAUGGCUGAAUGUGUGAAGCAAGAUGGAGUGGUCUUUCUCCCCAGCAUGCUAUCGCUAACAGACCAGUGUGAGCUGUCCAGGCUGGGCCAGCUGCUGGACGGCAGUAUAAGCCACACCUUUACCUCCUCAGUCAGCCAUGUUGUGGUGCCAGAAGGACCCGUGCCCACCACCUACUCCACCCUCCUGGGACUGCUUGCCGGCUGCUGGAUCGUCAAAUACAGCUGGGUGGAGGCAUGUCUGCAGGCGGGCAGGAGGAUGCCAGAACAGGAGCACGAAGCAGGAGAAGGCCCGCAGCGCAGUCGCAUCAACAGAUGCAGCUUGCUCCCCCCUCUCUUCGAUGGUUGUUUCUUCUUCCUCCUGGGCUCCUUCAAGUCUCUCCGCAAGGAGGAGCUGGCCAAGCUGCUGCGGGAGGCCGGCGGUCAACUGCUGAGUCGGCAGCCCAAACCUGACAGUGACGUGACUCAAACCCUGGACUCUGCAGCCUACCACGCCAUGCCAGGGUCUGACCAGGCCCUCUGUACUCAGUACAUCAUCUUUGACCCUCAGGGCCAGCACAAGGUCAAUGUGCUCCGACGUGGCAAAGUGUGGUCAGCUCCUUCCUCCUGGAUCAUCGACUGUAUCGCAGCCUUCCAACUACUUCCUGUGCCCGACCUUCAAUCACUCUAGUUGUCUUUUACUUUGAAACACAAUUAUUAAAUCAUGGAAGCCA